AUGGCGGACGAUCCCAACGUCGGGCGUGGAGAAUUUGAGGGGGGAGAAUCAAACCAAAUGCGGCCCUCAACCGUGGCCACAGGGGCGUUCCCGACACCUCUUAUUACAUCUGAAUACCUUUUAAUAGUCUGGCCAGUCUGCCCUACCAACCAAGACGAGGCUAUGCAACCUUGUGAGCCUGUGUCCAAUAUCGCUCGGACUACAACCGAGGCACCCGUCCGUCCCCAGAUCCUGACA